AUGGGAAAACAAGUUUUAUAUUGGUUCAAAAGUACACUAUAUAAGGUAAAUGGACAUGAACUUCCAAACCUAAAAAUGAAAACCCUUCUUCUUAUCUCCUCUGCGCUCAUCAGCUCUACCUAUGCAGCUGCAUUCAGUAUCACCCAAUUAGCACCAAAUGCGAAUACAAUCUUGGAUAAAGCUCUCGUUCCUGGCCGAGACAUCCGUCAGUGCUCAUGUGAAGAGGAAAAUCGGUGCCGUAAGAAUAUGGAAGAACAAAUGAACCAAUGCUCGGAGCAAUGCUACACCAAAUUCCGUCCUAUUAUUGCUGAUCCAUUCAGACUCAAGCCAUGUCUUCAAACUGUUCAGCCAGUUCUUCACAGUUUCAUUGAUUGCAUGCAGAAAAAUCUCCACUCUUGUGCCCCUGAUCGUAAUGGACCAACCAUUCCAUACCAUGAUAUGCGCCGUAUCUUCCAACUUGGAGAACAAAUGAUGUCUCAACAGAAAGGAAAACUUCUCAGCACAGGUGUCGCUGCGAAAAUGAGACCAGUUUCUGAAACUAUUCUUUCGUAUGGAGAAUGCUUGGAGACAUGCUUUGUUAAUAAGAAUGCCAAUGGAUUCUGUUUUGAUAGCCUCGGGUGUCAACCAAAAAUUACAAAAACCGCUCUUCAAUCAUCUCUUAAGACCUGCGGAAAGGUUUUGAACUGGAAACAUCAUGCUGGUAGCAUGUGCACCUGUGCCGAAGGAGCAGGAGUUCAAGGCCUCCAUGAUAUUUGCCCACUGUUACGUGUAAUGGGAUGA